CAAUCAUAACAAGUAGACCCUAUCACAGUUCCGAACCGCAUCUUCCUUAGUACCCACCCCCAGUAGCUACGCUACGUAACGUUGAUAUUCAGGGAGCUUGAAAAACAAAUUGGACACGGCUGAACAAAACCCAAUACGUAUUUUUCCAUUGCAGGUGUUAUCUCUGAAUGGGUAUUUUGACGUUAUAGCCAUCACAAUCAUUCGGAUCCAUGUCUUUUUUGCGUUGGGUCUCAGAGAAAUUGAGCGUGGAGAGUCUGCGGGAUUUGGAGUUAUUUGGAGAGCAAUCUCAGAGAAGCUCUCACAGGAACGCCCAUGAAGACAGCCAGGAGAGCCUGACCUCGCUCUGCAGACGGGGAACCAUGGCUAGCUUCCUCCCAGACAGCGCUGCCUACGAGCUCCUCACCGUCAUAGGCCGUGGCCUGGAGGAUUUGAUGACUGUGAACCUGGCCAGAUACAGACCCACAGGGGAACACGUGGCCAUCCGUCGUAUUGACCUGGAGUCCUGCACCAAUGACAUGGUUGCCUACUUGCAGGGAGAGCUCCAUGUGUCCAAGCUGUUCCACCACUCCAGCAUCCUCCCCUACAGGAGCAUCUUUAUCGCUGACAAUGAACUGUGGGUCAUCUCUCCCUUCAUGGCCUACGGGUCAGCCAGAGAUCUGAUCAGCACCCAUUUCGCAGAUGGGAUGAGUGAGCUGGCCAUCGCCUACAUUCUUCUGGGCAUUCUCAGAGCCCUGGAGUACAUCCACCACAUGGGCUAUGUACACAGGAGCGUGAAGGCCAGCCACGUGCUGAUCUCUGCCGACGGCCAGGUGUGCAUGUCUGGUCUGCGGAGCAUCUUCAGCCUGAUCCGACACGGCCAGCGUGCGCGGGUGGUCCACGACUUCCCCCAGUACAGUGUUAAAGUGCUGCCCUGGCUCAGCCCAGAGGUGCUGCAGCAGAAUCUGCAGGGAUAUGACUUCCGGUCUGACAUCUACAGCCUGGGUAUCACAGCUUGCGAGCUGGCCAAUGGACAUGUUCCCUUUAAGGACAUGCCAGCCACACAGAUGCUGUUGGAGAAGCUGAAUGGAACAGUCCCGUGUCUGCUGGACACCACCACCAUUCCUCCAGAGGAGCUGACCAUGAAGCCGUCCCGCUCCGGGGCAGACUCGGGCAUCUGUGAGGGCCCCGGGGCCGGAGGGGCCCGCCACUCUAACGGGGAGCCCUCCUCCUCCUCGGCGAACCACCCCUACAGCCGCACCUUCUCCCCACACUUCCACGCCUUUGUAGAACUGUGUCUGCAGAGGGACCCCGAAAAGAGGCCCUCUGCUACCACUCUUAUAGGUCAUUCCUUUUUCAAACAGAUCAAGCGCCGGUCAUCAGAGGCUCUUCCGGAGCUGUUCCGGCCCGUGUCACCCAUCACAAGCUUUGAGAGCGGCCAGCCUCAGGACUCUCCCUCAGGGCUGGCUAGCCUGGAGUCAGGCCUCAGCUACCUGGAUGUGGAGGACUGGGACUUCUGACAAUGGAGGACAAACGGACGUUACGAGGAAGAGGACAUUUUCUGAGAACACUGGACUGGAAGAACACUUUUUUUUUUUUUUACUUUAAACAACGGAAACUGAGUUUAAAAGCCAGCGGCCAUCUUGCCUCCCAUUGCUGUAUCUUGCGAGCUAUACCCUAAUAGGUGCAUGAGCAAAAAGACCAUGCACAGCUCUGCUGUCUGUCACACACUUCUAGGGUUAAACUCAAAGCCCUCUAGACCCACCCUCGGAACACUAGAGAAUGUCUUGACUCUUUACCAAUGGAGGUGUUACAUCAAGAGACAAUUUCUCUAUAGGAGAUCAAGCUGUGUUCUCCCCAAGAAGCAUCCUCAAUGGACUGUCUCCAGUGGAGGACUUGGCUUUAUCGGCCUGCAUAUAUAGAGGCUACACUCUACCUCUCAGUCAGUGUGAGCUAAUCACUGAUCUAUCCCAGCCAGGAGGCCUGUUUGUUAUGGUGGGGAAUAGCCCAUAUUAAUCUUACCAUCUGAUGGUAGAUGACCUGGAUUCAGUACCAACAGUUUAUGAACAGUGUUUUAGCGUGUCUCUACAGCUAAGAGAAGCACGUUGUGUUGUCGCCAAGCUCCUCAUCCUCGCGUCGUCACGUCUUGUCUCACGCUUCACCUAUAGGGGAAGUGACAUUUGUUGUUCUCAGUCGAUUGCUAACUAGUUCCUGCGUACAUGCGGUGUCAUCUGAGGUCAAAUUCUUAUUGGUCCACUGUCACAUUUUUGUCUCUAAAAGUGAACAUCACCAUGGUGCUUGUUUCUGAUUGGUUGUGUGCAUGUGGAAUUAAGAGUAUGUGGAGCUGAGAAGGAGAAAAUGUCGAGUGUGAUUAUUGACCAUUUUACUUGAUAUUAAACACUUCACCUUAACGUGUA